CCUCCCGGCUGCCAUGACAACGAGUCCGCGCCCCGCGCUCUGCUGCUACUCCGGCGGGACCCAGGCUGGACCGCGGGCCCCGGCCUGGGGGCCACAGCUGCCACCGCCGCCGCCACCUCGUCUCCUCUCCGUCCCCGUCCCGCCCCGCGUCUCCCCGCCUCAUUCGGGCCCGUGGCCGGGGUCCCUCCCCGCCGCCCGAUCCCGGGCAGAUGCCGAAGGUAAAGGCGCUGCAAUGCGCCCUGGCGCUGGAGAUCCGCUCAGUAACUUGUCCAGGAGUGGUGCUGAAAGACAAGGAGGACAUCUAUCUUAGCAUCUGUGUGUUUGGCCAAUACAAAAAGACACAAUGUGUCCCAGCCACUUUUCCAUUGGUCUUCAAUGCCAGAAUGGUGUUUGAAAAGGUGUUCCCUGAAGCAGUAGACCCUGGAGAUGUGGUUGCGCAGCUUGAGUAUGAUACAGCAGUGUUCGAGUUGAUACAGCUAGUUCCACCAGUGGGUGAAACACUGUCUACAUAUGAUGAAAAUACAAGAGAUUUCAUGUUCCCGGGUCCAAACCAAAUUUCUGGACACCAUGAUUCAAACCGCCAGGUUACCAUGAGGAGGAUUUCUGGUCUACGAGGAAUUGCUCCAAAGCUGGAAUUUUCUACAACUUCAGUGAUUACUGAAUGUUUGAUAAGUUCAAGGAAGUGCCGCACUCAGGAUAAAUUUAUUUACCAUUCGGCUCCAGUUGAAAAAUCACAGGGCAGACUGCAAAGUAGAACAUCUAGAUCACAAAAGAAAAAGUCCAAGUCACCUGAGAGAAAUAAAUAUUGUGUAAAUGCAAAAAGCUACGAACAGCCUACAAUUUCUUCAAAAUCACACUCUCCAUCUCCCUACACAAAAAGACGCAUGUGUGAGCUAUCGGAAGACACCAGGCGGCGGCUGGCCCAUUUAAAUCUGGGGCCGUAUGAAUUUAAAAAAGAAACAGAUAAACCUCCAUUUGUGAUUAGACAUGUUGAUCCUCCAAGUCCCAGGACUGAUACUUUAUUUGGAUCCUCUGGUAGAGACUGUGAAAGAGAUGGAUGGUCCAGGAUGCACAAUGAGCAUUCCCAUCUUGGCUGCUGCAGAUCCAAGGAUUAUAAGGUUAUCAGGACACCCCAUGGGAGAGACUUUGAUGACUCUUUAGAAAAGUGUGAAGAGUAUUUGGGUGCAAGGUCGUGUGGAAAGCCCCAGCAUUCAGCGAGGACCUUACUAGUUCAUUCAGCACCCUCAACAGUGCCGAAGCAUUCUCCGAGCCCUGUGUUAAAUAGAGCUUCUCUUAGGGAACGAUUCCACUCUGAUUGGUGUUCACCUUCAAACUGCGAUGAGAUCCAUGACCGGGUAAAAAAUGUCUUGAAAUCACAUCAGGCUCAUCCAGGACAUUUAUAUGAUGAGAGAGACCCAGAGAAAGACGAAGAGCUGGAGCUGAAAAGAGGGCUAUUAUACAGAGACUCUGCCUAUGACAGUGACCCUGAAUAUAGCUCAUAUCAGCGGCCACAUGGCUCUCUCCAUUUGGAUGAUAGUGAAUACUGGUCCAGGGCAGCCUCUUACAAUAAGGGAAAAUCCCACCGACCCGUCUUUGAGAACAGCAUGGACAAGAUGUACAGGAACUUAUACAAAAAGGCCUGUAGUUCUGUUUCUCAUACACAGGAAAGCUUCUGAGACCAUCCAUGAUAAACUGUGUGAAUGUCCGUGUCAACCUCUCAAUGAAAUCGUUUGAUGUGAUCGAUAUCUGUAUUCAUUUUUUUUAAAAACAGGUGGUUCAUUGAGUAAAAUAGUUAACACUGAAUCAAGUUUAUUACUUCAAAUGGUGCAUUUUCAUAAACAAGCCUUUUUUAUUGCAGGAGAUUGUGCUGUUUCAGAUGUCAGAGCUAUGCCACACAAUCACAACUUCAAUCUCUGAGAGCAUGCUUCUCACAUAUAUCUCAUAUCAACAUCUGCAAAUUGAACAGUUUCUCUCUAGAAAUGUUCUUCUGCCCUAAUCACCUUGUAUUUUUCUUUUAUUUUUAAUUAAUAUUAACUUAGAAAUGAACAGAAAGAUAUACUAUAUAAAAUGAAUUUCCCAAGAAUUUAAACCCUGUUUUAACUGAUAGUUUUUACUUUUCUUCUAGGUAUAUUUCUUAGCUCAUAAGAAAUAGCUUUUUUAAUAUUCAUUUUUUAUUUGUUCUUUUUAGUUAUACAUGACAGUAGAAAGCUUAUAUAAUCAUUUUCUUCCUCUUUUCUUUAGUUCUUCUUUAGAAGAACUACUUUAUAAGAUACCUAAAAUGUGUAAGAUUAGACAUAGCAGCGGCCAUGUAUAAACCGUGAAUAACUAAUUUUUAAGAUAGAAUGCUUUGCACAAUUUUCUUCAAGGGCCAUGCCUUUUGAUGCAAGUAGAAUCAGAAAAUAGCCUAUAUCAUCAAGUAUGUAGAAACUCAGUAAAAAUAGGGACUUGUAAUUUAAACUCUUUGGCAUUUUGAAGCAGCCUCACUUUAUUGGACACUUGGAACCAUAGGGAAAUAAAAUAAUAUGGCAGAGUGCUUUUUAGUUAGGCACUCAAAAUUUUAUUGGUUGAAUAAUAAAAUGAGCUCCUCGUUUCCCAUCCAACACAUAACCUAUGAAUCCAGUGACACUUUGAAGAUAUGAAACAAAAGUCAGUUGCCAAAUUCACCAGAGAGUGAAUGAAGGGAAAGCAAAGUGUUUGAAAUAAGUAAAAUUUAUUUACAAGCUUGAAGAGUUGACUACAAGAUAUUUUCUCAUUGACUAUCAUUGGUUAAGUCCACAGUUGUGAUUUAAAGAGAAAAAGAAAUGACUUGCAGUCUACUGAAAUUAAAAUUAAAAUGGGAAAUUGGAUAACUUUGUGUUAGGAAACAAUAUACAUGUGUUAUCUAAUAAUAGAACUUUUAACUUCAGGUUAAGAAUGUUUUAGUAUAGCAAUCUGUGAUAUAUAGAAAAGGGCAUGGCAAUAUGAGCUGGAGUCCUAGGCUUUCUCCCAUCCCUGCCAUUUUCUAGUUGAAUCUCUUUAAUUCUCUAGUCCUUAGUUUCCUCAGCUGUCAAAUAAAGGGAAUGGUAUGGCUGUUAAACCAUGUUCUGUGGACCCAGACCAUGGUUCUAAGAGAUGUUUAUAGGAAUGUAGAUAUAAUUUUUUAUUGGUCAUGUAAGUUUCAUGAAAGUUGGUUUGACACACACAUGUGGGUGCAUGUGUAUGUGUCUUAUUGAGUCCUACGUAGAAUGGCAGGAAUGAAAAUGGAUGCUAUUAAUGUGUGGGGGCAGCACUUAUAAACUGGGGCUGUUAGCCAAGUUAGGUCCUAGGGUCUCCAUAAUCAUACUGAAAACUACCAUGUGGGAGACUUUAAGAAAUUCUGGAUAAACCUUUUACAGUAUCUAGUAGAAAGUCUGACCCAUAAUUGAUGCUUCUUAAAUAUUUAUUGAAUUAACCUAGAAUUUCCUAACCUAAAUUGAGCAUAUAACAAUGUUGUUACAGCCACUACUCCCUGUUUCCCCAACUCCCCAUUGCUCCACCCCAAGUGCUCUUAUCUGGUACAUUAUCUGGUACAUCAUCCAACUGAUGAAAUGCUAACACUACACAAAUACUGAGUUACCCUCUGGCUGUAGGUUAAAUAAUGUUUUGUACAACAAGCUUUUGAAUUUUAGCAUUGAAUAAUGAAUGCUCUUUUUAGAAAGGCAUAUCCUCAGUGGAAAUUAGUGUUUUUUUGGGAAAAGAUGAAAAAUUCUUCUGUUUUAAAAGUUGCUGUUUAAUGAAAAUAACAAAUUUGUAUAUCAAAGACAAUAUUAUAUACUAUCACAGAAAAUCUUCUGAAUAAGUAACAUGAAAAUUACUUAUUGUGCCUAUGUCUGCUAUUAGCUAAGAGCCACAAAAAGUAGAACUCAAAGAAAAUUUAGAAACUGAUGACCAUCUUCCUAUGGAUUAAAUUUGGCAUAUCUAUAAAGAAUGGGAGCAUAUUCUUAGAUAUACAGCAUCUUUGCUGCAUCUGAUUAUUUUCCAUUUCCUAAUGGAAGGAUUGGUCUUUGUUGUUCUAUUACUCUCACUUAUUGUGUAUUGUAGUGUUUUUAAAUAGUAAAACCUUCAAGUACUAAUAUAGUUGUAUUUUCUCAUUCAUAGAAGCAAAAGGUACAAUUGUUUAUUCCUAUCCUUUAUUUCCCAUAAAUGUGAUAAUAAUCAUUGGGCUUACUAUGAAAUAAGUAAGAUUGUUUUCUUCCUUUUAUAUAUUUUCUUCUUUAAAUAGAAAGGGAAUUUUAGGAAAGAAAAUGUUUAAUUUAGCCAAGAAAUGACGACAUACCAUUGGGAGAAUCUUCCCUGGUUCUACUACUAGUUAUGGUACUCUAAAAUCAUUUAUCCUUCUUGAAACUCAGUUUUGUCACAUAUAAAGCAUUGAAAUGAUUAAUUUAAAAUAAUAAUUUUAGCAGUCUAACAUUUAUAUAAUUGUACAAUUGAUUAAUGUGUAUGAUCAGGAAGUCCUAGGCAGUGUAGUUGUGAUUUGAUUUCAAAGAUUAAGCUCCUGAUUAAAAACUAGGAGCAAGUAGAGAAUCAUUGUGUUUACUUGCUAAUAAUAGCUUUAUUAAGAUAUAAUUAGCUCUCAAAGUACAUAAUUAAGUAGUUUUUGCUAUUUUCACAGAAUUAUGCAAACAUAACUACUAGCUAAUUACAAAAUAUCAUCCCCCCCCAAAAAAAUCCUUUAACAAUUUGCAAUUACUUUCCAAUAUCCUGUCCCCUCAACUCUUGGAAAACACUAAUCUGCUUUCUGUCUCUCUACCUAUUAUGGACAUUUCCUAUAAAUGGAAGCAUAUAAUAUGUGACCUAUUGUGUCUACAUUCUUUCACUUAGGAUGUUUUCAGGGUUCAUAAAAAUAUAACAUGUUUCAUUAUUUAAUUUAUUUUUAUUAGUAAAUAAUUCAUUGUAUGAAUGUACCAUGUUUUGUUUAUCUAUUCAGUUGAUAAGACAUUUGGGGAAUUUUCACUUUGGGCUCAUUAUGAAAUUUGCUAUGAAUAUUAUAUUCAAUUUUUUUUUCCAGGAAAAUGCCAGUUUAUUGAAUAUAUUACACACAUUGUCAUUUUUGUUCCUUGUGAUGACACUGAAUGUGUUAGUACAUGUGCUCUGAUGAGGAAACUAAAAGCCAGAGGCAAGCUCAUGAGUGGCUAAGCCAGGACUUGCAUCCAGAUCUUCUGGACCCAAAGCUCAUGCUGAUUAGAUGACCUGGUGAUGGGAAGAGGGAAAUAAGGGUGGUUUCCCCAAAAGUAUAACCAGAAAGUGUCAUUAGCUUUAUCAUAACACCUCCUAUGACCCAAAUUUGAUUCUUUUUUUUUUAAAUUUUUUAUUGUUGGCUGUUCAAAACAUUACAUAGUUCUUGAUAUAUCAUAUUUCACACUUUGAUUCAAGUGGGUUAUGAGCUCCCAUUUUUACCCCAUAUACAGAUUGCAGAAUCACAUCAGUUACACAUCCAUUGAUUUACAUAUUGCCAUACUAGUGUCUGUUGUGUUCUGCUGCCUUUCCUAUCCUCAAUUUUUGUGUGGACAUAUUGUUUCAUUUCUUGUGAGUACAUACCUAGAAGUUGAAUUUCUGUGUCAUAUGGACUUAUGACAUUCCAAGGUGGCCUACCUUUAAGAGGACCCCAGUAGCCUUUGACUCAGAGGACCUCAAAAGCCUUCUCUUGGAUCAUCCAUGGCUUUUGUUUAUGACAGCCUGUGGUUUUUGCCUUCAUGGAUCCAGGUGCCUGAGCUACUACCUACCCCAAUAGGAGAUGCUUCAGCCAGUGUCACUGUGGACAUACUGACACUGGUUUCCAGUACAGUUACUGCAUAUAACUGGCCCUGACCCCAUUACCCAUACCAAUUUUAACUACCUUGUAUGCCUGUGACAAGUUCUUGUUACUGAAGGCAUGCACUCAGUUGGCCCUGGCUUUUGCCAUAGUAUAUACAAGCACUGCUGGUUUGUAUCACUGUAUGCUUGCCUUCUUCCAGCCCUCAACAGCAUAUGUACUUGCUAUUGAUACAUUGCUGGUUUGUACCACUAUACAUGUUCCAGCUCAUAGCCACCUUUCACUGCUCCACUACUGGCUCUAGCUUUUGCAAACAUAUGUACUCACAUCAUCAUCUCUGGCCUUUCCCUAUGUGGGUGCACUCAUCAUUGGCCUCAAAAGCCCCAAGGACCCCCAACAACCCCUGUGGAUACCAUAGAACCCUACAGUAUUCACUGCUGAGGACCACACUGGUGGUCAGUGUUUUAGACCUCAGCUGCCUGAGCUAUUGUGCCACUUAUCCUACCCUCCUGCAGAUCUGAAGUUGUGGUGGCAUGCCCCUUCAUUUGGUUCUACAUGUACCACUAGUCCCAGUGCCAUGGCAUGUUCAUGCUCCUCCAAAGAUAGUCUGUUAAAUUUGAUUUCUCCAAAUUGAUGACUCCAAUGCAAGAGUACAGGGAAACAUGAAUCCAUCAAAAGUAUACAUUUUAACUUAAGUAUACAUUUUAACUUACCUUAAACAAAUGGAAGAAAGUGAAACAUGAAUUACCUGACAAAAAUUCAAAAUAAUUAUUUUAAUGAAGCUCAGUAAGAUAACAAGAUAACACAGACUAACAAAAACAGGAAAACAAACCAUGAACAAAAUGUUGAGACGCCCAACAAAGAGAAUAAAAUACAACAAAUUCUCAAGCUGAAGAAUACAAUGAACUAAAAAAUGCACUAGAGAGCUUCAAGAUCAGACUUAAACAGAAGAACUAUUGAAUUCAAAAAUAGAUUAUUUAGUUGGAGGGAAAAAUUAAAAGUAUAUAGUAUUAAUGGGACAGUGCAAAUAACCAAUACAUGCAUUAUAAAAGGUUAAAAAGGAGAUAUAAAGGGGCAGCAGGCUUUUAAAGAAAUAACUGAAACUUUUCAAACCUUGGAAGUAGACAUCCAGACUCAAGAGAAAUAGAAGACAAGACAUCCAGAAGAGUCCAAAAUGAUUGAAUAAAAAGAUGUUUACAAUGAAAUGCAUUACAAUUAAACUGCCAAAAUACAAUGGACCUUUGUAAAAACUACCAGUGGAUUUCUUAACAAACCUCGGAAGCCAGGAUUCAUAUGAUUAAAGCAGUGAAAUAACUGAAAAGAAGUGUAUCUUGAAAAGCUAUCCUUUAAAAAUGAAUGGGUGAUAAAAUCUUUCCCAGACCAAAACGGAGGGUGUUUGUCCUACCUGCUUAAGGGAGUUCUUCAAGGAAAAUAUAAAGAAUGCUAAAUAGCAACUUGAUAGAAUAUGAAAAUAUAAAUCCCACAGAUAAAAUCAAAUAUAGAGUGAAAUAGGAGCUAAUUUAACACUGUAAUGGUGGUGUGCUAAUAAUCUUUAAUCCUAAUAUAAAGGUUAAAAAACAAGUAUUGAGGGGCUGGGGAUAUAGCUCAGUUGGUAGAGUGCUUGCCUCACAUUCACAAGGCCCUGGAUUCAAUCCCCAGUACCCUUACUCCCCCCCAAAAAAGAAAUUGUGUGUGUGUGUAGACUAACUGUAAUGACAAAAAUUCAGUAAACAGUUCACUAUACAAAAAAGCAAACUCUGAUUUCAAAAACAUGAAGUAUAUGUAGAAGAAGCUAAAAUUGUUUUGUUUGUAAUUGAACAUAAGUUGUUAGCAAAUUAAAAUAGAUGGCUACAUACCAGAAGUUUCAUACAAUAAACCACAAAGGAAAAAAGUAUAGAUAUACAAAAGAUAGAGAAGGUAAUCAAACCAAAUCACUAUGAAAAAUAAGGAAGACAGGAAUAUAGGAAUAAAAUAGUUGCAAAUCAGAGAACAGGUUAAUAAAAUGGCAGUAGCAAGUUUUUAUUUACCAGUCAUUAACAGUAAGUGUAAAUGGAUGAAACUUCCCAAUAAAAAGACAUAUAAUAAACAGAUAAAAAAACCAAAACCUAGCUGUAUUCUGUCUGCAAGAGAUAUUUUGGGUAUGAAAGCUGAAAGUGAAGGAUGAAAGAUUUUCCAUCCAAGGGCUUACCAAAGACAACAGGAGCAGCUAUACCUUUAUCAGACAAAAUGGACUUUAAGUCAAAAACUAUAGAGACAAUAUUAUUGUAUAAUGAAAGAUUCAAGUCAAUGGAAAAAUAUAACAAUUAUAAAUCUAUCUGCAUCCAACAUUAGAGCACCCUAAAGUAUAAGAAAAUUGACAACAAAAUGAUAAUACUAGGAGGCCUAAAACACCUAGUUUAAAGUUGCUUUUCUGAAACAAUAAAUUGUCAAACCCUUAGAAUAACUAAGAAAAAAUAACUUUCAGAUAAAAUUAGGAGACAUUACAAUGGAUGACAGAGAAAUAAAAGAUAUCAUAGUCUAUUAUACAUUAUAUACCAAAAAAUUUAGUAACCUAUGUAAAAAGGAUAAAUUCAACCACUCAGAAAAUAAAAGAGUUUCAAGACUGAAUCAGGAAGAAAUAACUUGACCAAUUACAAGAAAUUCAAUUCUCCUUGAAUUUCAACCAAGCCCACCAUCCAAUGGCUUCAUGGGUGAAUUGUUUCACAUAUGCAAGGAAAAUUAACACUAUUUCAAAACAUAUGAAAGCUAAACACUCAAACUCAUUUUGUGAUACCAGCAUCACCCUGAUUCCAAAACCAAAAACACUACAAGAAACCUUAAAUCUCUGAUGAGCAAAUAUACAGAAACAUUUGGUAAAAUACUAGAAAAUUAGUUUAGUAACACAUUAAAAAGAUCAUAUGUCAGAAUAAAAUGGUAUUUAAGGAUAAAUACCAUUUGAUUCUGACAUAUGAUCUCUGUAUCCUUGGGAUACAGAGAUAGUUCAAUAUACAAAAAUAACUGUGAUAUAUAAAGAAUGAAAUACAAACCAAAUGUUCAUCCUAAUAGAUGCUGAAAGGCUUUGUCAAAAUUCAAUAUCCUUUCAUGAUAAGGAAUUUAAUGAAAUACCCAUAGCUAGCAUUUAUAUUACUCCAACUUCUGUUAUUGUAAAAAAAUACAUGAUAUAAUCAACUUUAAAAGAACACAGGUUUAUUUUAGCUCACGAUUUUGGAGGUUCCAGCUCAUGAUUGGCUCACUGCUUUGGGGUUUGGACAUACAUUAUGGUGGGAAGUGUGCAGUGGGGCAAAGAUGUUUACUUUGUGGCUCAGUUGUGAAAAAGAGACCAGAAUAUCAGUCUUUUUCAAGAGUAUGAUCCCAAUGACCUAAACUCUUUCACUAGAUCCCACCUAUUAAAGUUUCCACCACCACCCAAAAAGCACCAUUCUGGGGAACAAACCUUUAAACACAUGGGCCUUUGAGGGACUUAAGGUCCAAACUAUAAUUUAUGGGAAAAAAAUUGAAAAUGUUUCUUCUGUGGUCUGGGGCAUAGCAAGAGGCCCCCUUCACUGUGGUUCAACAUAUUAUUGGAAGUUUUAGUCUGAAUAAUUAGGCAAAAUUUUAAAGGGCACCCAAAUUAUAAAGGAGAUGCAAAAGUAUCUCUGCAGAUGACACUAUCAUAUUUAUUAAAACCCUAAAGAUCUACACAAAAUCUGAUAAAAUUAAUAAAUUCAAUUAAGCUUCAGGAUACAAAAUCAUCACAUAAAACUCAGUAUCAUUUACAGUCACUAACAUUGAACUAUCUGAAAGAAAAAAUAAAACAAUACCAUGUAAGUUAGUUUUUAAAAAAAGGCUCUGGGAUUAACCAAAGAAGUGAAAAAUUGUACAUGGAAAUUUUGACACAUUGAUGAAAUUUUAAAAGACUAAUGUUGGAAGGAUAUACCAUGUUUAUGGACUAGGAACUUUUUUUUUUUUUUUUUUUUGGUACCAAGGAUUGAACUCAUAGGCACUUAACCACUGAGCCACAUCCCCAGCCCUUUUUUAUAUUUUAUUUUGAGACAGGGUCUCACUGAGUUGCUUAGGGACUUGCUAAGUUGCUGAGGCUGGCUUUGAACUUAGGAUCCUCCUGUACCAGCCAAACCACUGGGAUUACAGGCAUGUGCCACUGAGCCUGUCCGUGUUCAUGGAUUGGAAUACAGUACUGUUAAAUGCCUAUACUACCCAAAGUCAUCUCCAUAUGCAGUUUUUAUUAAAAUCCCACUGGCUUUUUUUAUUUUUACAAAGCUGGAGAAAACAGUCUAUUCAUUUGGAACAUAAAAGUCCUUAAAUAGGCAAAGUCAUUUUGAACAAGAAUAAAGCUGGAGAUAUUAGUCUUUCUGACUUCAAAUUAUACUAAAAAAUCUGUAGUAAAUCACUGUGGCACUGACCAAAAAAAACCACAGAUAUAAACAAAUAGAGGAAGGAGGCCAAAAGUAAAACCUUGCAUAUGUAGUCAAGUAAUCUUUGGCAAGGGUGUCAAUAAUGCAAAAUGUGGAAUAAUCUCUUUUAAAAAUGAUGUGCUAACUGGCCAUUACCCAAAAGACAAAAGAUACAAAGUGUUGUUGAUGCAGAGAAAAGGGAACCUCUGUACACUGUUUGUGAGAAUAUACAUAAUCACUGUGGAAAUCAGUUUGAAAUUUUUCUCAGGAAAUGAAGGAUAAAAUUACCAUAUGACCCAACAAUCCCUCUUCAAGAGUUAUAGCCAAAGAAUUGAAAUCGGGGUCACCAAGAGAUAUCUGCACUCCUAUUUUUUCUUAUAGCAUUAUUAAAAAUAGCCAUAAUAUGGAAUCAACUUUUAUAUCUAUCAACAGAUGCAUGAAUAAAGAAAAUUGUGUAUGUACAAUGGAAUACUACCCUGAAUAUUGAUGGUAGGACAGGCAUACUAGUCACCAUUUAAAAUAGAAGGAAGUCUUGCCAUUUGUUAUGUGGAUGAAGCUGGAAGACACUGUGUGAAGCAAAUUCAGCAAAACAGAAAAAAAAUCCUACAUGAUCUGACUUAUAUGGGAAUCCAAAACAAACUCAUAGGAGGAGGGGAGAGGAUGAUGGUGGUUGAGAGCCAUUAGAGUACAUAAGGAAAUGAGGUGAUGUUGGUCAAGGGGUAUAAAGUUUCCACUGUGUACUGGACCUAAUAGGUUUCUGAACUCAAGAUUCAAGGAGCUUACCCUGAAUAUUGAUGGUAGGACAGACAAGUUAAAAAAAACUGUUAAUAUAUAUGAAUUGACUCAGUUUUGCAUAUUCUGUGUAAGCUCUUGUGUUAUAGGUGCAUUUCUUCAUCUUUGUAUCACCAGCACCAUAAGUUAGGCAUAUCUUUAUUAUAGCACUUAACAAACCAAAUUAUCAGUGACUCCCUUAACUCUUCCUGCUGGUCAGUGAUGUCACACGUCAUUUAUCUCUGUAUCCUAUGGCUCAUGGGAGAUGUUCAAUAUUUGUUGAAUGACUGCAUUAAAAAAUUCAUGAUGGGCCAUUAAAAGCAAUGCAAAGUCUAACUCUGUCCAGAUAUAAGAAUUGAGAUGUCCUGACUGAUAACCCUUUACUAUCAGCAAGUGCUUGCAGCCAUGAGACAGAAGAAAUGGAAAAGAUAGUAGAAAAAACAUGGUUUGUCCCAUGGUGCUCAAGAAGAAAGCCAUAGUUCCUCAAUUCAAUUAGUUAAUGAUUCUGUAGCAUAGUUUUUCAAAAGUAUAUUCUUGAAUUAUUUUUUAAAAAGUAUAAUGGCUUGCUUUUUUGUCUGUCUUUCUAACCAAGAUUCACAGAGCUUAUUAUAUGAGUAGGACCACCUCCUAAACUGCUACUGCAAGAGAUGAUAAGUAUAGUGUUAGGCAAUAGAUCAAGGAAGAAAUUACGUACAGUUGUUCUGGGCACCUUAUAUUGCAAUGGAAUUUAAAUCCCUUCUAUGAAAUGCAAAUUUUUUAGUUCCCAAGAAGACCCUUAAAAAUCAUUUUUCCCAAAUGUCUUAUCUUUUGUAAUUCACAAAGCAGUUCAUUUUUGACUGAAGGAUUGUAUCUUCUAGCGCUCAUACAUAACCGUCCUAGAACUUGUGCUUAUCUCUCUUAAUUCAUAAAAGGUAUAAUGUGAAUAUUGAAGUAAAAUAGUCUCAAUGAAAUGCAAUCUUUUAUAUAUCUUAAAUUUUAGUAUAUUGCAUUCAAGCUGGGUUAAAUAAUGUACAUGAGCCUGAUGGAAGAGAAUGUAUUCUGCUUGGAUUUGUAUAGUGUUUGAAUGUUUUCAGGUUUGUGGGGGAGUGAGAAAGUGCUUUUUUUUGUUUUAAUCCCCAUGCCUCUUCAGUAUAUAUUUUUGAAGUUCUUAAACCAAGGGAAUUAGACUAAUAUUCAUUCAAGGCUGUAAUCUGUACUUGGUGAUUUGUAUACCUUAUCUGACUUGAUUUUCACAACAUGUCUAUGACCCAGGGAAGUUAUGUGAAAUUUCAGUUUUACAGAUGAGGAAACUCCUCAGCUUUAAACUACUGUAAUUGGUCAGUGGUAAAUAACAGCUAGUAAAUGGUAAUGUUGGACUUGAAUCUAAAUACAACUCUGCCUCUAUAAUAGGUAAGCAGUUUAAAAAAACUCCACUUGUUAUAGUUCUUGUUUCAAAAUGGUGGAGCUGAUACCUCUUCAGAAAGAAGCUAAGUGGAUUCAAAUGAAAACUUAAUGCAUUAAAAUGUAAGGACAUUGCCUGAAGAUGUAUUUUAACUGAUCCAAGAUCUCAUAGAGACCAUAGUUAAUGUAUAGGAUAGCUCCACAUACAGGACUUUGGAUAUGGUUCCUUUAGAUAUCCUUCCUUUGGGUAUGUUUCCCCAGCCAUGUUCUUUAGUUGAGCAAUGACAGAGUCAAGCCUCAUUACAUUUCUGUUAAAGUAAAAGUUUAAAGAAAUUUCUGUGUUUAUGAUAUAGUUCAGAAAGAAGAUAUUAGAAAAACCCUUAGUGAAAAACAAUGUCUUGGAACAUAUAUAAUUGAAUUGAAAACAAGUGCAUCCUGGUAGUGAUUUCUGCUUAUCAAUGAAGGUAAUUAAUUCUUCACUAAUUUACUUGAGUUUUUUGUUGUUUUUUUAAGUGUAAUUAGUGAGUUUUGCAAACAAAGAGUGGAGGAAAUUUAUGCAUGUACGGUUUUUCAACUAAUAUAUUCAUAUUUCCAUUACCUGGGAUUGAAAACAAUGUUGCAUAGUAGGAAAAAGUACUUCCAACUUUUUUGGACUUCAUUUUUGUCUGUUUAUGAAAUAGGAUAUUAAUAACUAUUGCCCUUCAUUCUUCAGAGAAGUAAUAGGAUUAAAUGGCCAUCUUUGACCAUUCCCAGACAUAUAAUCAUAAUACCUUGCUUUUAUGAAUGAUCUGGGAAACUGAAGUCUGCAGCUUAGAGUGUUCCAUACUGCCUAGAAGCAAAACUAUGGACUCUAGAGCUGAACAGAAUCACUGUUACCUUUUCUGUCACCUCUAUGUUAAAGUGAACUUUUGUGAAGAUGUUUCUCAUUUGUAAGAAUAAAAGCCAUUUCAUAUA